AUGGCAGAGGUCCCUUCACUUCGAUGGUGGGGCACAUUUGCCAUUCUUCCAGAGUCGUCAACGGCUUCCAAGAAUCUACGAGGCGACAAGAUCCUUCUUCCCCAGUCAGCUCUCGAGCAGCUUCUCUCCAGUGCGGCAUCUCAGGACAACCCCAGCGCGACUAGGCUGUCGUACGGCCAAAACGGACACCACAACGCCUGGAGCAACGGCUUUGGGGUUCGCGACCAGACCCAACAGCUGCCUAACCCACUCAUGUUCCGACUCGAGAACCCCAAGAACAGAAACGUCGUUUACGCUGGAAUCCGUGAAUUCUCUGCCCCCGAAGGCACGAUAGGCCUGAGUCCUUUCCUCGCCGAGAUGCUCGGCAUUGAACAAGAAGACACGACGUGGUCACCCGAGACCGUCGUGGCUGCCGACGAUGCGCAGAACAGAAGCUUCCAGUUGACGGUGCGGGCCCAGCAGCUCCCGAAGGGCACAUAUGCCCGACUGCGGCCUCUAGAAGCAGGAUACAACCCCGAUGAUUGGAAACCCAUUCUCGAGCGACAGCUUCGCGACAGCUUCACCACCUUGACCCGCGGGGGGGUGCUUUCCGUCCGAGGGCCCCAGGGCGAGGCAUACAAGUUCCUGGUGGAUAAGCUGGCACCGGGCGAGGGAGGAAUAUGUGUUGUGGACACCGACAUCGAGGUCGAUAUCGAGGCUCUCGACGAGGAACAGGCCAGGGAGACACUCCGGCAGAUCAUGGCCAAGACCCGAGCCGGUACAGACCAGGGGAGCUCCAAGGGAGGAGAUAUUGACAUCUGGAAGAGUGUACAGGGCCAGGUUGUCCCUGGUGACUACGUCGACUACACACUGCCUUCGUGGAAUCGCUCGCAACCACUCAGCAUAAUACUUUCGAAUAUCCCCGAUGAAUACUCCCUGGAUAUUUUUGUCGUGCCUCGCUCGUCGCGACAACGAGCGCUGCCACGCGACACAACACAUGUUUUUGGGAACUUUGACGAAGCUCGGGAGGGGCAAAAGGGGCCUGCAACGCCAGUGUCGUAUACAUUGCGUGCUCAGGUGGCGAUGCCCAACGAUGGCAUAGCUACGGGGGCCUCGGCGAAUGACCAAGUAGAACAUGGUCCAGGAGACGAGCAGUGCAAAAACUGCUUGCAGUGGGUCCCAGGGCGCACCAUGGUUUUGCACGAGAACUUCUGCCGAAGAAACAACGUCUUCUGCCCCGGGUGCCAAUCAGUUUUCAAGAAAGGUUCUCCCCAAUGGGAUGCUCACUGGCACUGCGAUCAUGACGAUAGCUAUGGGGAUUCGACGCAUAGCAAGACCAAGCACGACGCAAUUUUCCACGGAGACUACAGCUGCCCCUCUUGCGAAUUCAAGACCAACGCUCUUCCUGACCUAGCACGGCACCGGACUACCGUGUGUCCCGGCAAGGUGAUUCUAUGCCGCUUCUGUCACCUCGAAGUGCCCCAGGAAGGUGACCCAUUCAACCCGUCACCGGAAGUGAUGCUGUCUGGGAUGACGGCCCACGAGCUCGCCGAUGGCUCUCGUACAACAGAAUGCCACCUGUGCGAUAAGAUCAUCCGAUUGAGGGAUAUGGAGAUGCAUAUCAAGCACCACGAGUUGGACAAGGUGUAUCGGACCAAGCCCCCCAUGUGCCGCAACGUCAACUGCGGCAGGACCCUGCGUGGCGUCGGACCGAAAGGGCAGAUUGAUUCCACGAAAGCCCCAGGCAACGACCUCGGACUCUGCUCGCACUGCUUCGGUCCACUAUUUGUGAGCAUGCACGACCCAGAGGGCAAAGCGCUCCGUCGUCGAGUCGAGAGACGGUACCUCGGCCAGCUCAUGACGGGCUGCCGCAAAGCUCACUGCACAAACGAGUGGUGUAAGACUGGCAGGGCCAAUGCAGGCCUUGAACCCAAGGGAUCGAGUUCACAGGCAGCCCUGCCACUGGUGAAGCCGUUGAUAGCUGAGGUCGCCAACCAGGAUGCCCCCAUGUUCUUCUGCGUCGACGAAGCCAGCCAGACACAACGCAAACUGGCAGAGAUGAUGUCAGCCGAGAAGGUGUGGGAUCUGGAAUGGUGUAUUGCUGCUGCCGAGGCAGAAAAGGGUAGACCAGAUAAGAUGAGGGAUUGGCUGCAGGCCUGGGCUCCCAAAGCAUCCGAUUAA